CGCGACAGCAAACUCGCGUUCAGCUACCAGGCUCCAGCGUCUCUCUCUAGCAUACUCUCCACCAUCCGACAAUCAACUGCGUAGUACGCGCACUCCACAACAGAGAUACAACCAAGGCAGUGCCGCCAGAGCUCCCCGCGAGCAGCGCGGAAACAUCAAUAUCCAAGAUCGAUCGGAUGAUGAUACAGGGCAUCCGCUCCUUCGGCCCCGAGAAAGGAGAAACCAUCAUCUUCACUGCACCCCUCACCCUCAUCGUAGGCUGGAAUGGCUCUGGCAAAACAACCAUCAUCGAAUCGCUCAAGUAUGCAACAACAGGCGACCUACCCCCGAACAGCAAAACGGGAGGUGCAUUCAUCCACGACCCAAAGCUGCGAAAUGAGAAAGAGGUCCUAGCGCAGGUCAAGCUAUCCUUCCGCUCAACCUCUGGAGUCCGCAUGGUCGCCACUCGCAACCUCCAGGUCACGGUUAAGAAGACGGCGAGGAGCCAGAAGACGCUAGAAGGCUCGCUGCUCAUGAUCAAAGAUGGCGAGAAGCACUCCAUCUCAACCCGUGUCGCCGAACUGGACCAGAUCAUCCCGCAGUAUCUUGGUGUGUCCAAGGCUAUCCUAGAGAAUGUCAUCUUCUGCCACCAAGAAGACAGUCUUUGGCCAAUGAGCGACCCCUCCACCCUCAAGAAGAAGUUUGAUGAGAUCUUCGAGGCUCUCAAGUACACCAAAGCCAUAGACAAUAUAAAGAUGAUCCGCAAGACCCCAUCACCACCCUCGAACUCAGCAUACGCGACAUCUACGCCGAGCUGAAUGACGCACAGUCCAAGCUGAAGGAGAAACGAGCGCUUGCUGACCGUAUCGAAGAGUUCAAGACGGAAAACAACAAGCAGCGAGAAGCGAUUCGCGGUUUCGAUAAAGACAUCGACAACCUAGUUCCUGAGAUCGAGCAGGCUCAGUAUAAGUACGAUGAU